AUGAACCAGUACUACCAGGUCCUGUCCUCGUGUCGCGUCCCCGGCCUGAAGAGAGACACGGUGGUCAACCACUCCCACAGCUCCAGGCCUCCCACUCACAUCACUGUGGUGCACAAUUUCCAGGUAAGGUAGUGCGGCUGAGAAUUUGUUGUCCUGCAGCUAUAUCGGUCCACUAAUACAAGAAAGGCCCAGUGCCCUACUUUUGUGAGAAAAAUCAAAUUAAAAAUAAACAAAAUAUGUUUUCAUAUUUUGGGGGAAUUCUGAUUUUUCUCUGGGUGCUGCAGAACCCUCAGCACACCUACAUCCUGCGGCUAUGCUCCCGUCUCUCUUCCUCCAUCAGUUCUUUGUGCUGGACCUGUAUAACAGCGACAGCACCCCAAUGACGGUAGACCAGCUGUACAUGCAGCUGGAGAAGAUCUCGAACUCCUCGCUGCAGACCAACAAGGAGCCCAUUGGAAUCCUCACCUCCAACCAAUGCAACACCCGGGUCAAGGCCUACAACAACCUCAUCAAGGGUGAGGAAACCUGGAGAGUGGAGACGAGACACAUAGGCAGGGAAUGAGGGGGGAGGGGACGCUCCUAAAGUCGCUCCUCGUCUUGUGUGCUUUUACUUUGCUUGUGUUGAUGUGAAAGGACUGGGCCAGGACUAGGUUAGAGCUUGGUUAGAACUUGGUUAAACUGGGUCUGAAGCUGGUUUGAACUAGUCUGAGACCAUGAGCGCUGAUCUAGAAUCAGAUCCCCCUUUUAUUCAUUAUGAUUUAAAAAGCAAAACUGAUCCUAGAUCAGCAUUACUACUUUAAGAUGCUUUGUGAAUAAGGGCCCAGAACUGGGUCAGAAGUGGAUAAGAAAUUAUUCAGAAGAACUAGGUCAGAACUGGGUUAAGGUUGGUGUGAAUACAAAGGAGAUAGGCAUCCACCAAUACAUAUCUACAUUCCCUCCCCCCUUUCCUCCACCUAGAUAAGACUAAUAAGGACUUGGUGCGGGCCAUCCAGAAGAGCAUCUUUACAGUGCAUCUUCUGGGCGCUCCCAUGCCCUGCGUCUCUGACGAGUUGUACUGCAGCCGGGCCGCUGUCCAGAUACUCUACGGAGGGAGCAGUCGCUGGAACACCGGCACCGCUGGUUCAAAAAACCCUGCAGGUGACACUACACACACACUUGUAUACAUACACACACACACACAUACACAUACAGUAGUAUAUACACUACCGGUCAAAAGUUUUAGAACACCUACUCAUUCAAGGGUUUUUCUUUAUUUUUACUAUUUUCUACAUUGUAGAAUAAUAGUGAAGACAUCAAAACUAUGAAAUAACACAAAUGGAAUCAUGUAGUAACGAAAAAAUAAAUGUUAUAUUUGAGAUUCUUCAAAUAGACACCCUUUGUCUUGAUGACAGCUUUGCACACUCUUGGCAUUCUCUCUACCAGCUUCACGAGAUGGCUUGCAUAAUCAAUGCUUGGAGUUUGUCAGAAUUUGUGGGUUUUUGUUUGUCCAUCCGUCUCUUGAGGAUCAACCACAAAUUCUCAAUGGGAUUAAGGUCUGGGGAGUUUCCUGGUCAUGGACCCAAAAUUUCGAUGUUUUGUUCCUCGAGCCACUUAGUUAUCACUUUUGCCUUAUGGCAAGGUGCUCCAUCAUGCUGGAAAAGGCAUUGGUCGUCACCAAACUGUUCUUGGAUGGUUGGGAGAAGUUGCUCUCAGAGGAUGUGUUGGUACCAUUCUUUAUUCAUGGCUGUGUUCUUAGGCAAAAACGUGAGUGAGCCCACUCCCUUGGCUGAGAAGCAACCCCACAUAUGAAUGGUCUCAGGAUGCUUUACUGUUGGCAUGACACAGGACUGAUGGUAGCGCUCACCUUGUCUUCUCCGGACAAGGUGUUUUCCGGAUGCCCCAAAUAAUCGGAAAGGGGUUUCAUCAGAGAAAAUGACUUUACCCCAGUCCUCAGCAGCCAAUCCCUUUACCUUUUGCAGAAUAUCAGUCUGUUCCUGAUGUUUUUCCUGGAGAGAAGUGGCUUCUUUGCUGCCCUUCUUGACACCAGGCCAUCCUCCAAAAGUCUUCGCCUCACUGUACGUGCAGAUGCACUCACACCUGCCUGCUGCCAUUCCUGAGCAAGCUCUGCACUGGUGGUGCCCCGAUCCCGCAGCUGAAUCAACUUUAGGAGACGGUCCUGGCGCUUGCUGGACUUUCUUGGGCGCCCUGACGCCUUCUUCACAACAAUUGAACCUCUCUCCUUGAAGUUCUUGAUGAUCCGAUAAAUGGUUGAUUUAGGUGCAAUCUUACUAGCAGCAAUAUCCUUGCCUGUGAAGCCUUUUUGUGCAAAGCAAUGAUGACGGCACGUGUUUCCUUGCAGCUAACCAUGGUUAACAGAGGAAGAACAAUGAUUUCAAGCAUCACCCUCCUUUGAAAGCUUCCAGUCUGAGUUAGAAUAACAAUCAGCAUGACAGAGUGAUCUCCAGCCUUGUCCUCGUCAACACUCUAACCUGUGUUAACGAGAGAAUCACUGACAUGAUUGCAGCUGGUCCUUUUGUGGCAGGGCUGAAAUGCAGUGGAAAUGUUUUUUUGGGAUUAAGUUCAUUUUCAUGGAAAAGAGGGACUUUGCAAUUAAUUGCAAUUCAUUUUAUCACUCUUCAUGACAUUCUGGAGUAUAUGCAAAUUGCCAUCAUCAAAACUGAGGCAGCAGACUUUGUGAAAAUUAGUAUUUGUGCCAUUCUCAAAACUUUUGACCACGACUGUAUAUAUAUAUAUAUAUAUAUAUAUAUCUAUAUAUAUAUCACACACACACACACAAUGUAUAUUAAACACACAACACACAGACCCUGUAUGUAUUUUGCCCUUCUUGAAGUAGUCUGUCAAGUGUUCCUGACUUUUCCCGUUUCCCAUGUUUCCAGUUUAUCAUUGGAGAUGACGGGUCAUGUGGUCUUAUGAAUGAGCACGCCCCCCGCCGAAGGCCCGCCCAUGUCCUUGAUUGACCACGUCGUCAAGUACACGUAAGGACACCACUGUUGGGUCAUCUCGUUAAUUUACACAACACUGUCUCUUCAAUCACUCACUCAUCCCUGUUGUGCCGGCUGUGCAUAGGGCAGCAACAAAUGUAACUUGUAAAAUCAUUUAGUGACGUCAAUGGAAGAUUUUUGGAAAAUGUUGAUCUACUCCGCCGUGUCUGCAGGUAGAAUUCACCCCUUAAUGAGUACAAUGGCGUUUGAAACCCAUGCCCUGAUGGUUUCCUGCCAUGUUCCUAACAGGAAGAAGUCUGAGAUGGUGGGUACCCAAAUGGUCCCCCUGCCCAUGCCCCAGAAACUAUGUUUCAACAUCACGCCCGAGAUCAAGAAGGACAUAGAGAAGGCUAAGGCUAAGCAGAACGUCAACAUGUUAGAGCGUAGAUAUACAGAUUCACUAUCUUAAUUAGAAAAUAAUCCUGCAAAAACAGGAAAUGUAAAUUAUAUAAAAUUGACAUUUUUGUACAUUUUACAUUUGAGUCAUUUAGCAGACGCUCUUAUCCAGAGCGACUUACAGUUAGUGAAUACAUAUAUAUAUAUAUUUUUUUAUACUGGCCCCCCGUGGGAAUCGAACCCACAACCCUGCCGUUGCAAACACAAUGCUCUAUCAACUGAGCUACAUCCCUGCCGGCCAUUCCCUCCCCUACCCUGGACGACACUGGACCAAUUGUGCGCCGCCCAUGAGUCUCCCGGUCGCGGCCGGCUGCGACAGAGCCUGGAUUCGAACCAGGAUCUCUAGUGGCACAGUUAGCACUGCGAUGCAGUGCCUUAGACCACUGCGCCACUCAGGAGUACACCAUUUGUAGGGGUUGAUACAUUUUUUCGUUAGGGAAAAUCAAGUCAAUUUUUUAAGUGGAAAUUACACACUUCAGAAGCUUUUUCAUACCUUGAAUACACUACAAUUUGUAUUAUUUGUACAGAGUGAUCAAAUUUGGAUAGCGGAUCUGUACUGCACAUAUGUGUAUGUUCUAGUUCUGUUUCUAUGUUAGAGGUACAUGCUACAUACUGUACAUUAUAUGUAGGAUCUUAAUUUGAACUAGUUUGCUACAGCAGGAAAAUAAUCCUGCAGCAACUGGAAAUGUAAAUUAUGUGGAUUAUAAUAAAAACUUUUUUUUAUAGUGGUUUAUACAUUUUUCAUAAGGUAAAAUCAAAUUAGAAACUUCAAAGUGGGAAAUUAUAAACUUCAGAAGCUGUUUUGAACCUCAAAUACACUACAAGUUGUACAUAUCCUGCAACAGGUUGAUCAAAUUAAGAUCCUACAUCUGUAGCAGUGGUGGUCACUUGCCUUGGUCCUGGAGAGCUGUAGGGGGUUCCAGGCUUUUGUUCCAGCCCAACGCUAACACACCUGAAUCAACUAAUCUUAUUUUCAAGACCUUGAUUACAUAUUAUACAGGCCUACGUAUAUAUUUAUGAAAAACAGUUUUGAUGUAUUCAAUUAUGAAUGUAUAUAUUUGUGUAGGCCUACCCUCUAAUAUUCUACAUAUUGUCAUCUACCCUCCAGAAUGGUGCAUGACCUGGAUGUCAAAGUCAUUGUCUUCUCACACUAUGGCAAGAACGUCCCCAAGACUCACAAGAUGAGCCCCAAUGCCUUCAUCCAGCUGGCCUACUACAGGUGAGUAUACACACCAUGCUAAUUACAUUUGAGUGCUUAUUUCAGUGACUGCAAAGAGCUAUGUCAUGCCUGCAUUGCUUUACAAUGACCAGUUGAGGGCACCAGAUAGCAAAAUAUUCCCCAACCGUAGACUGUACCAGGCCUGGAAUUUCGUGAUUUUUAGGGGUAAGGCCUUCAAGAGGUGCCCAAUCUGCCAGGGCACCAAGGCCAUAAACCAAAAUAGCCAAUUAAAUUCAUUAGAAAAACAAAAAACACUAGCUAUUCUGUUAAGAAAAACAUAAGUGUAUGCAAAUGUCUUAAAAGUAUUAGCCUACAUGUCAAAGUGUAGGUGAUAGACUAUUGGCUACAGCCUCUCAUGUCCACACAGAUGCUGACAUGAGCCGCCAGAAAAUGUAGCCAAACGUUAAUAUAUUUGUCGACAUGUUUGACAAAUAUAAUAUAGGAUAAUUAACAUUAACGUCUAAAGACUUGAUUCUGUUGACAUACAGUCGCGACCAAAUAUAUUGGCACUCUUUAACUUUUCUUAAAUAAUUCCCUAUUUCUUCUAAAAUAAGUUGAAGUUGAAAAAACGUAGUCUCCACACCUUGUUUUGGGGAUUUUCAACAUUGUAGAACCAAUUUUAUUUUUGUAAACUUAUGUUUAUGAUUUUAAUUGCCCCCCCCGGAGCUUGUACUUGGUUGCACAGCCUUUGGCCAAGAUACUGCCGAAAAAUUCUUCUUGUAGCCAUCAAUAAGCUUGCUGCACCUGUAGCGUGCUUAAUUCGGCGUUGUGUCUGAAAUAAGGUCACUCUGAGAACUGGAUUGAUUUGUGGGGAUUUAUUUGCCACCUGCAGAGAGUUGACAAAAACAGGUUGCAGAGUCAGCUCUUGCACACAUGCUCUCGCACACCUUCUCCCAAAGAUAGGCAGAUGAGAGGUCACAAAAAUGUAUUGUGGCGCACAAAUGCAGUGCACCUAGCACACCACAACACAUUCACCACAGUACAAAAUAAAACACACAAAUGACAAUUUGCAAUUCUCAUUAUAAAUUAUUCUACAUCAUACCUGCAGAGUUGACAAAAACCGGUUACAGUGUCAGCACUUGCGCACAUGCUCUCACGCACCUGUCAGGGCACAGCAAACCACUAACUACAUGAAAACAAUACACCAUCAUACACCAUAUGCUGCGCUGCUAACCGAGCUAAAUACAUUUUUUUUAAACACGCUCGUGCAUGGCAAAUAUAAUAUACAAUGAGAAUUGCAGAAAAAUAUAUAAAUACAAAUGACAAAACUUUUCUCCCGCUUGAAAUAACAUAUUUACAUGUUUUUACACUUAAAAAUAGAGGAGUAGAGGACAACAUACCUUCUCUCAAGGAUAGGCAGACAAGAGAGGAUGAUAAAAGGGGAACCAAACAAAUGGACCAAACCAACCAAGGAUGCACUAUCAUACCUGACUACAAUUUUUUUAAAACAUGAGAUAAUACAGUUUAGUGCUUUUACAUAAAAUAAAAUGACAAUGGAAUGCAAAUUAAUACAAAAAUAAAUGUAUCACCUCUUGAGUUGACCCAUUGACCCAGUCCUCUCUGCUCUAUCAAAAUAAAAGUCCUCUGUACAAUUCCUUCAAAAUAAAAUGCCUGUGCAUAAUAUAGGGUAACAACAUCACUCUGCUGCACACUUUUCCACUGGCAAUGUGUCCCACUCUUCAGCAGCAAACUAUGGAAGUCCAGAGAGGACAUAGAAUACAAAUAAAAUGACCCUUGUUAUUUCGAGAUCACAACUGAUUUUUCUCACUACAUAACAAAAGUUGUUUUGUCAAGAUCACAAGAUAAUGUUCUCGUGAUCAUGACAUAACAAAAGUUGUUUUUUUCGAGAUCACAAGAUAAUCAAAAGUACCGCUGUUCAGAUUCACGAUAACCACAUCAUGAAGGAGCCUUGUGGCUGCGUUGAUCGCAAUGCGCUCGUGGGGCAUUUAAGCCCUGAACAAUGCCUGACAGGCAGCUCUGUCUCCAAGGCUGCGUGCCAAUCGCAUGUAAGGAACAACGCAGCUAACUUGGCUGGUCUUGUGAGCUAGCUAGUUAUAUAGGUAGUGUUGUUAGCUAGCUAGCUUGUUAUCUAUGCUGGUUGUUAGCUUGCAUAACUGAUAUGUGUAAAAGUAUAAGAGACACUAAAUGUUUUGUGGAUAAUAUAACAAUUUACAGUGGGUGAGCUAAAUUCCUGACAGGCUGAUCAGAUUCAAUUUCAGCCUCAGAGGUUGAUAAGUCAGGAUGCUUCCUUGUAGGCUGUUUCAUAGGUAAGGCUCCUUGCAGGCAAAUUAGCUGUCAAAGUGCUUUAUAAGCAGAUGCAUGUCUGAUCCAGAGGGUGAGCUCUACUCCUGGCAGGCUGAUCACCUAUGAAAAAGCCUACAAGGCAGAAACCUGACUUAUCAGCCUCUGAGGCUGCUAUUGAAUCUAUUCAACCUGUCAGGAAUGGAUGUAACCCACUCUGUAAAUGUAAAUAUUAUCCAUAAAACAUGAAGUGUCUGUUAGAAUUACACUGCUCUUUCCAUGACAUAGACUGACCAGGUGAAUCCAGGUGAAAACGAUGGUCCCUUAUUGAUGUCACCUUUUAAAUCCACUUCAAUCAGUGUAGAUGAAGGGAAGGAGACAGGUUAAAUAAGGAUUUUUAAGCCUUGAGACAAUUGAGACAUGGAUUGUGUAUGUGUACCAUUCAGAGGGUGAAUGGGCAAGACAAAAUAUUUAAGUGCCUUUGAACGGCAUAUGGUAGUAGGUGCCAGGUGCACCAGUUUGAGUGUCCACCAUCCAAAGGACAUCCAGCCAACUUGACACAACUGUGGGAGGCAUUGGCGUCAACAUGGGCCAGCAUCCCUGUGGAACGCUUUCGACACCUUGUAGCGUCCAUGCCCCGACGAAUUGAGGCUGCUCUGAGGGCAAAAGGGGGUGCAUCUCAAUAUUAUGCACUCAGUGUAUACACAUCAGUUAUGCAGGAUAACAACCACAUAUAUAACAAGCUAGCUAGCAAAAAGCCACUUAAUCAUGCCUUAAUCCUGGGAAAAUAGUCUUUGGACAAAUUAAACAAAAUUAGAGCUCUUUGACAGUACAGAUCAGCGCUGUGUUUACUGACAACAAAAUGAAGCAUUCGAUGAAAAGAACACCCUCCCUACAAUCACACAUGGGGAGGUUUGAUAAUGCUGUGGGGUUGCUUUGCUGCAUCUGGUACUGGGGGCCUUGAACGUGCAUGCACAAGGCAUCAUGAAAUCAGCAGAUUAUCAGGUAUCCAAUGUUCAACCCAUUGUCCAAAAACUGGGUCUCCAUUGAAGGUUGUGGGUCUCCAGCAUGACAAUGACUGUCACGAUCGUCAGGGAGAGACCAAGGCGCAGCGUUGAAUGCGAACAUUAUAUUUAUUGGAAUGAUCACACGAUCAAAACAACAGACGAAAACGUGAUGUCUACGGUUGAACACAAACCAAAUAAGAACAAGAAACCACAAACACAAAGUGAAAGACAGACAGUUAAAUAAGGCUCCCAAUCAGAGACAACCAGCUGACACUCGUUGCCUCUGAUUGGGAGUCACUCAGGCCAACAUAGAAAUACAAACAUAGAAUUACACACCCUGGCUCAACAUAACAGUGUCCCCAGAGCCAGGGCGUGACAAUGACCCAAAACAUACAUCAAAAAGCACCCAGGAAUGGUUCAAGAAGAAACACUGGACUGUUCUGGAUUGGUCGGCGUAGAGUCCAGAUCUGAAGCACAUCCAAAACCAAUGGCGAGAUCUGAAAAGCAGUUGGUCGAGGGCACCCCUCAAACAUUGAAGAAUUAGAGCAGUUCGCUGUUGAGUGGGCAAAAUCUUUCAAUUUCCAUUUAUUUUAGAAUACAUUUUUGUGAAUUAUUUAAGAAAUUUGCAAGGGUGCCUAUAUAUUUGGCCGCAACUGUACUUGAGGCACGGUUCGUUCAGAUAGGAGAGAAAGGCCAGUGCCUGUUGCGCAUCGCAACAUCACCCACCUUGCAAUCUGAAUAGAGAGUCAGCAUUUUAAAACUAUUUAACCAUACAGUUUAGUCAUUUAGCAGAUGCUCUUAUCCAGAGCGACUUCCAAUUAGUGAGUGCAUAUAUUUUUCAUACUGGCCCCCGUGGGAAACGAACCCACAAACCUUGCGUUGCAAGCGCCAUGCUCUACCAACUGAGCUACAGGAGGGCCAUAAACUUAAUUAUUUAAAACCUCAUUUUAUGAGGCAUGUCUUACAUUGUUUCAAAGUAGCCUAGAAAAAUCCAACCAUAGAAAUGUUGAGGGAAUUAUUUAAUAAACACUUCCUCAUAUGCCAUUGAAACCAGCAUUUCUCUCAUGUUCUAUUGGGUUUCAAUUUAACUUUCUUUCAUAACCGAUGAUAGUUGUUGCAUCUUUAGAUCACACCUCUUUCUAAAUUGCAUUUUGGAACAUUCGUGCGUAUAGUCUACUGCCGUGUGCGCAUUGCUUCACUUAUAUUUUGAAGAAAUAAUAGUUGAUCAACAUUUAAUCUAAACGUUCUGAUCUGUUGCAUCAGCCUCACUGCUUUUUAAAAUUGUUUUAAAGUACAGUGGUAUGAAUUUAGGCUCUAUCAUCCCACAACUGUCCCAGAGUCUGUUUGGAAAAUGUCUUACUCGCACAGAACAAAAAACUAACCAAUAGAAUAGGUAACGUUUUCUACUAUGGGGUUUAGUAGAUUGACAUAGGCUAGUGAUUUUGCUAAGAAGGACGCACGCUGUUGCAUCCCCGAUGUGUCUGUCUUCACUUGUACUUCGGAGCUGCCAGGCCUGUGAGAAGGACCCGAUCACGUGACAGGCAUUAGCUAAUAAACAUUUUGAUAUCUGAGAGAGCCAUGUAAGUGAGAGGUGCUUCAGAGCACCGAUGAUUGUCAGCCGGGCAAAGGGAAUUAUAAUUAUUAUAUUCAGCCCAAGGGCACAACGGCCACUCAAGGGGGAAUUCGAGGCCUGGACUGUACCAAUGCAAUACACGGGAUGACCAUCAGACGAGAUGCGAGAGAGACCGCAGGAGCAAGGAGGCGAGAGAGAGGAACGCAGAGAGGGAGAGAGAGAGAUAGAGAGAGCGAGACGAGAGAGAGGGAGAGCGGAGAGAGCGCGCGAGAGAUGAGAGAUAGAGCAAGAGUAGAGCGAGAGGAGCGAGAGAGAGAGCGAGAGAGAGGCGGAGAGAGAGAGCGAGAGAGAGAGAGAGCGCGAGCGAGACGAGAGGAGAGAGAGUAGAGAGAGAGCUGAGCGACGGCGAGAUGCGAGCGAGAGAGGAGAGAGCGGAGAGCGAGAGCGAGAGACGAGAGAGAGCAUCGCACGAGAGAGCGAGCUCUCUCUCUCUCUCUCUUCUCUCUCCUUCCGCUCUCUCUCUCUCUCUCUUCUCUCUCUCUCUCUCUGCUGUCUCUCUCUCUCUCUCUCUCUCUCUCUCUCUCUCUCCUCUAUCUAUCAGGAUGUACCGCGCUGGUUUCACACUGACACCAUCCGUUCCUGCUCCAUCGACUUGGCUAACUUUGUCAAGGCCAUGGACAACCCAGCCAAACAGAACAUAGAACAAGUGACGUUAUUGGAGAAAGCUGUGAAAGCCCACAGUGCUGCGGUCAAAUGGAAAGGAUAGAUACCCGCACACUGUCGAAAACGUGGAAAUUAUUUAAAACAGAGGCUCAGAUGCAAAAAUAUGUUGUAUAUUAUUAUGUUAUUUAUUAGAAAAUGAUGCCCCAAAAUGUGCAUAGUGCAAUAAGGUGCAUAAAUAAAAUUGAUAAGACAAACAUUUUCGUUUACUCAACCAUCAUCAGUGACAGAGUACUGCAGACACGCAUGCUAAAAUACAUCACGAAAGGUUUGAAGUUCACCAGUCAAGUGUUUUUUUCCUGUAUGUUUGGAUUAAUGAUGUAGCCUAUAUAAACACAAUCAAUAUGUAUGACUAUGGUUUGGCUGAGUCCAGGCGAUCCGUGGCCAGGCCAUAGACAGAUACCUUCUGAGGCUGAAGCUGCAGGCCAUCGAGGACCUGACCUCCAUGCCUGAGAUCUUCAUGGACACCUCGUACGCUGUGGUCAACCACUAAAACCUCUCCACUAGCCAGGAAACUAGCUAGGUAUCUGGACAUUGGCCUUUUCCAUGUCGCUCAUUGCUGUCAUCCGACCAGACAACCCAAUAUGGUGGCUGAAUACCAUAUGGCAAUGCAGUGGCAGUGUUUAUACAACCGUUUUGGUUGAAUUCCUGCUAUUUGACUUUUUGGUUGAUAAAAACUGCGCCCUGAGGUAGUACUGAAAUACAGCUUGCUUGCUUUUCUGUCUUCCCCGCACGAUUGGGACAGCUGUAGCCAAACUUAGCAAUUAGCUAUCGAGCUAAUGUUGUCAGUAGCCAACACUAUUACCGUCAGCAAAGUGUCAGCUUGGUUAGCCCAUUUUAUACCUACACUACCAUGCUUAGUCAUUAGUAGUUAGCUAAUGAGGCUACUUGGGGGUCUAGCUAAUGCACAUACUGUAAUGCACUCUGUCUCUCCCCCUUCCCCUCUUUCUCCUCCUCCAAAGGUACCAGCCAAGACGGACUGCGUGAUGUGCUUCGGGCCCUUAGCGCCUGACAGCUAUGGCAUGUGCUACAACCCCAUGGCAGAACAUCAACUUUGCUGUGUCGGCGUUCAACAGCUGCGAUGAGACCAACGCGGAGGAGGCUCUGCUGGACACGUGGAGGCUACUGGAGCGCACGCCAAGCUGUGAGAGGCAAGACUGGGUCAAGCUAGACAUAGUUUAG